AUCUAAGACAUCGGUUCACAUACUGGCGCCGACAUGGAGUCCGGGGCCCGAAUCGGGUUGAGUUUGAGGGCCUAUUCAUGCAAUACAACAAAUACUCGAUCAAUUCGUACCGCAAAUACGGCCGACUGUACGGCAGUUAUCUGUUUUGCAACAAAUGGCUUAUGGUUAACGACGCGGACCUCUUGCGAGACAUUAUGGUCAAAGACUUUCACAUAUUUCCCAACAGAUAUGCCAUGAAUUUAGGCCAAUCGCCGCUCCGGAAGAUGUUGUUCUUCAUGCGAGGGGACGACCGCUGGAAACGGAUUCGAGCGAUAGUGAGUCCGGCCUUUACGUCGGGAAAGUUGCGCCAAAUGAUGGCCAGCAUUGCCGGAAUCGCCGACACGUUUGUCCAGAAUUUAGAUAAGUUUGCCAAAAAUGGCCAAGUCGUGGACAUAAGGGAACACUUCGGGGCGUUUGCGAUGGAUGUGAUCAGUGCCUGCGCUUAUGGUAUAAAUGUUGAGUCCAUUAAUAAUCCCAAUCAUCCCAUUGUAGUCAACGCGCGGCGCAUGUUAUCCGUCGACUCAAGUCUCAGUAAUAUACUGUCAAUACUUGUGCCGCCGAUCGCCCGCUUCUUACGCCUGGACCCGAUGGACAGACAGGCCAUCGAUUAUUUUGAUAAACUCACCAAUCAAAUAGUGACCGAGCGCAAACAAUGCCCGAAAGAUAAAAAAGUAAUAGAUUUUAUACAAUUAAUGAUUGAUAACAAAGUGGACAGCAAUGCAAUCAUUGACGACAAUAAUAGUCACUCAACCGGUGAUCAUAUGCUGACCGCCGAGGAGUUGACGGCACAGGGAAUACUGUUUUUCAUCGCCGGUUACGACACGACCAGCGCUUCGCUCUCUCAUGUCGUCUAUUAUUUGUCUCAAAACAAAGACAAACAACAGAUUCUGAGGGAAGAACUCAACGCUUUGGAC